AUGUUUGCUUCAAUAUCUGACUCUUACUAUCUAGAGCAUGUAGACCGUUUCGACUGGCAGAAGAGCAUUAAACCAGGGGAGGAGUGCCCUAAAAAGUGCCACCCUGAGUGGUGCCCAGAUGUCAGGCAGCUGCAGGGCUGGGAAUGUGGGAACGGCGAGGGGCAACUGUGUGACCCAGAGCCCCAAACCAGGUCUACUUUAUACGGGCAUUGUGCUGAAGGUCUUCGCUGCAGAGCUCCACACAGAAACAAAGCAGGUGAACCCAGAGCGAUCUGCGUGUGCACCAAGCAAGAAGCUAUUUGUGGUUCAAAUGGGAAGACAUAUAAGAAUGUAUGUCAAUUGCGGGUGGCCCAACACAAGCAAAGCAAGGGGCAGAUGCUGACAAUGGUACAUCACGGACCCUGCAAGGCAAAGCCGAGGAUCACUUAUGCUCCCAUUGACAUCAUCACACCCAAAGGAAGUGACGUCAUCUUUUCCUGCGAUGUGUCGUCAUAUCCAUUGGCCUCGAUUCUGUGGAGCAAAGAGGGGAAUAUUGUUUCUUUUCCUGCUGAUGACUCAAGCAGGGCUGUACAGGCCCGUGGAGGCCCUCGGCGGUUUGAGUUGACCGGCUGGUUACAGAUUCAGGGAGUCGGUCCGAACGAUGCAGGUGUGUACACAUGUACCGCCAGGAACGCCUUCGGAGAAGUCUCUGCCUCCGCCAGAUUACAGGUUACACACACAGGCACUCAGCUGAACAAGGAUCUCCAGCAGAAUGAAAAAGGAGUCUAUCAAAUAUUGGACAAAGAGGAGAACAUAGAUGAUGAAGAUUACGAGGGCCAGCCAAGUGGAAAUAUGUAUUCGUAA